AUGUUCUCUAAAGUCUUCGUCGCCCUCACUCUCGCGUCUACCGCUUUCGCGACCGUUUUCGUUACCGCCCCUGUUGCCUCAAGCACCUUCUCCGCCGGCAAGGAAAACACCAUUAGAUGGCAGGAGAGCGGUGAAGCUCCCACUCUUGCUGAAUUCGGACCUGCGAGAAUCUCCAUUUAUGCCGGAAAUUCGCAACAGCAGACUCUCCUCCAAGCCAUCGAGACCAACAUCGAUGUUUCCAAGGAGUCUUCUGUCACCUUUACCCCUGAUGCAAGCAUUGGCCCCAACGGAAGCGAAUACUUCAUUCGCUUCGAGUCUCUUUCCUUGAAGGAUGAUAAGCAACCCCAGUUCCCUGCUCUUGCUUUCUCUGCCAAGUUCACUCUCGAGGGCAUGACUGGUGUCUUCAACGCCACCGUUGCUUCUCAGAUCGCUGGCCAGGCCACUGCCCCUCUCGCUUCGGUCCGCCCUGCUUCGACCACUGCUUCCGCCACCUCUUCCGCCACCUCCAAAGCAUCCACUUCCGCCUCCACUUCCGCUACCUCUACCCCUUCAAGCGGUGCUAUGGCUAUCAAUGCUGGCUUUGCCGGAGCUCUCCUUAGCGCUCUCAUUGGUGCUACAAUGUUCUAA